AUGAGUUCGGACCGAGCGCAGGAUGACACGGUCUGUCAGAAAGCCGUGACCCUAAUCGUUGACCUUUGUCUGGCCGACGGGGAGCUGCUCGCUCAGGACACCUGCCAGGAUUUCUUCUUCCUGUUGUCCAAACAGAGCUCCGACCACCCAGAACCAGACCCAGCCUUCGGGCUCCUGCGUGCCGUGCUCGUGGUGUGUGGCCUUGCCCUGCUGGGCCUGCUCGCUCUCGCCUCCUGGAAGCUGUGCCUGGUGCCGUGGCGAAGCAAGACGCUGCUCUCCAGCCCGGCCGGCCCCCCCGCGCAGCCCCGCCCCCUCCGGUCAGCGUCUCUGUCGCCGUCGCCGACGCCCGGCCCCCAGCAGCAGCAUCUGCUGCCGCUACCCCCGCCGUCGUCGCCGGCCGCCGUCGCCAUGGCAACGGAGAAGGGGAAGGACCACCCCUUGGGGUCCAUGGGUUUCCUGGAGGCGGCGGUGAAGAUCAGCCACACGUCGCCGGACAUCCCCACCGACGUGCAGCUGUCCAUGCGCGAGCACUUCCUGCGGCGCACGCAGCGCAUGACGCGGCAGGCCACUGAGCCCGCCUCCUCCACCAGGCACAACUCCUUCAAGAGGCACCUGCCCAGGCAGGUGGGCAGCCUGGACCUGGGCAACGACUACAUGCCGGACCUGGACGAGAAGUCCACCAGCAUCGGCCGCAUCAAGCCAGAGCUGUACAAGCAGAAGACCCUGGAGGCGGAGGAGUCCGACAAGUACACGGGCAUCAACUGCGGCCGCAUCAACUUCUCCCUCAAGUACGACUACGAGAACGAGGCGCUGCUGGUGAACAUCCUGCGCGCGCUGGACCUGCCCGCCAAGGACCUGUGCGGCAGCUCCGACCCCUACGUCAAGGUGUACCUGCUGCCCGACCGCAAGAAGUUCCAGACACGCGUCCACCGCAAGACGCUCAACCCCACGUUCAACGAGAGCUUCCAGUUCCCCGUGCCCUACGACGAGCUGGCCGUCAGGAAGCUCCACAUGAGCGUCUUUGACUUUGACCGCUUCUCCCGCCACGACAUGAUCGGAGAGGUGGUGCUGGACAACCUGUUGGAGACGUCUGACCUGUCCCGGGAGACGGCGAUGUGGAGGGACAUCGAAUACUGCACCACUGAGAAUGUGGACCUAGGUGAGAUCAUGUUCUCCCUGUGCUACCUGCCCACUGCGGGGCGUCUCACCCUCACAGUCAUCAAGUGCAGGAACCUCAAGGCCAUGGACAUCACCGGCUACUCAGAUCCUUACGUCAAGGUGUCGCUGAUCUGCGACGGCAAGCGCCUGAAGAAGAAGAAGACGACCAUCAAGAAGAACACUCUGAACCCCACCUACAACGAGGCCAUCAUCUUCGACAUCCCCCCCGACAGCAUGGACCACGUCUGCCUGCACAUCUCCGUCAUGGAUUACGACUUGGUAGGUCAUAAUGAGAUCAUCGGUGUGAUGCGUGCUGGAUGCAGCGCUGAGGGACUUGGCCGGGACCACUGGAACGAGAUGCUGGCGUAUCCGCGCAAGCCCAUUGCUCACUGGCACCACCUGCUGGAGUCCAAGAAGUCGGAGAAAGAGUGGAAGGCGAGGACGGCGAGCUUCGACAGCCAGGGCUCCUGCCCUUCACCCAGACCCCCCGCCAGUCCCUGA